GCCGGGGCUUUGCCGUUGGAGCGGCCGGGAGCCCCCCGGAGGUCGUGGUGUGGGGCUUCCCGCGCAGCGCCUCGCGGGCCGGGGCGUCCGGGGAGGCUCCGGUACGCUGGCGGGGAGGUGGCAGUGUGUGUGGAGGAGGUGGCACACCCGUCGGGAGCCACAUUAGAAAUGGAGCAGCCAUUCCUGUUAGAUGAUGAAGAACAAGAUCCAGAACCACAGCAGAGUUCACAAGAACCCAUCCAAGUCCAUGAUGCUGAUGCCGACGCCGACGAAGAUGCCGAGCUGAUCUUCGUAGGGGUGGAGAACGUGAAAGAAGACGCCGAGCUGAUCUUUGUGGGAGUAACUUCAACUUCCCAACCAGCCAACUCGAACAUUCUAAACAGAGUCACCCCAGGUUCACGGUUAAAAAGAAAGCAUAGCCGGCUUAGAGAGGCCACGACUCCAAGAUUGCAGCCCUCACGACCUGCCGCCCCCACAUCAGAGGCAGUGAUUGUCUUGCCGGCGUCUCCAGUUGAAUCAAGAUCAACAGAUAGUCCUAUUAUUAUUGAGCCUUUGUCCGAGUCUGAUGAUAAAAGUAAUUCACCACAAGCUGUGCCUAGUAACUCUUCAAAGUGUUGCUCACCUCUGGUUACACUCUCAAGUUCAGAGAAUAGUCCGGCGAAGGCAGCGCUUUCAGGAGGAGGUUUGAAUGAAAGUUUGUAUGUAUCAAAGUGCCAUUUUUCCAUAAAUCCACAGAGGCCUGAACGUAGUAUUGAGAUUGUAGAAGACCUGUCUUCAGCUUUGCCCCCUUCAGGUACCUUGCAUACCUCGAGUGCGCAACAGAGGACACCUUCCUUUGAUGCUCCCAACUCACUGAGCCGUUUUGUGAAUGGGGCACCUCUUUCAGAGGGCUCUGUCCACCCUCGCCAGGACAGUGGAUUGAUGGAAGUGGACAUUUCAAAUCCUGCAAGUCAAGAGACUUUUGAUCCCAAGAAAGGAAGUUUGACCCUGUUACUUAGUGACUUUUAUUAUGGACAGUAUAAAGGGGAUGGGAAGCCGGAGCAGAAGACUCACACAACCUUUAAAUGUCCCAGCUGCUUGAAAGCUCUAAAAAAUGUUAAAUUUAUGAACCAUACCAAGCAUCAUUUGGAGCUCGAGAGGCAGGGCAGUGAUGACGCCUGGGAGAGCCACACCACCUGUCUCCGCUGCCACCGCCAGUUUGCUUCCCCUUUCCAGCUGGAGUGCCACAUCGACCGUGUGCACACGGCUCCAGACCCUUCUGUGGUCUGCAAAAUCUGUGAAUUGUCAUUUGAGACAGAGCAAGCCCUCUUACAGCACAUGAAAGAUAAUCAUAAGCCUGGGGAAAUGCCCUAUGUGUGCCAGGUCUGUAAGUACAGGUCCUCUGUCUUCGCGGAUGUGGAAACACAUUUUACAAAGUGCCACGUAAACACUAAGAACCUGCUUUGUCCAUUUUGUCUUAAGAUCUUCAAAACUGGGAUGCCGUACAUGUGCCAUUACAGGGGCCACUGGGAAAGGAUCGGCCACCAGUGCUCCAAGUGCCGGCUGCAGUUUUUAACCUUCAAGGAGAAAAUGGAGCAUAAGACCCAGUGCCACCAGAUGUUUCAGAAGCCUAAGCAGCUGGAAGGGUUGCCUCCUGAGACGAAGGUCGUGAUCCAGGUGUCAGUGAAGCCUGUUGAGUCGGAUUCUGGGAAAGUAGCCUCAAUCACUGUGAGCACAACCGACUGGGAGCCAUCCUACCCCAGAUCUCAAGGCAGACUCUCAAAAAAGUCCCGUUAAUUCUAAUCUAAGUCCCAAUCCAAACCCUUCAGAGAGACGGGAGUACAAACCCAUACAUCGGUUAAUCACUGGUGCCCAAGAUGCUGAACUGAUGAACAGAUCUUUUUCCCUUGAUUUGGAGAUAAUGCAGGGUUUUGUCUGUUUUCUGAGGGUGUCUUUUGUUCUUAUUUGGCGCUGGAGUUGGAUCCAAGGCUUCACACACAAUAAGCAAGCUCCAUCACCCCAGUCCCCAGCUACAGCAUUUUCUGAGUGAACAGUGAGUGUUAUUUAAAAUACAUCUGGUUUUCAUAUUAAGUGUUUGACUUAACACAAGGAAGGUGUCUAUAUCCCCGUGAAUGGAAAACAAGUUAAAACCGAUUUAUUAGUAUUUCAUAUAAGUCUAAAGUUUGAGAGCUCUUUUAUGUGAAGGUUUGAAGUUUGGUGGGCUCACACGGCCCCACCUCUCCCUGAAGAUCUACAGGCAGUUAAUGCUUGCUAUAGGAGGGAGAGAGCCUUCUUAAGUGGUAUAGCAUGGGUAAGUGGACAGAUACACGUCCUUCUCAGUCUUGAAGCCAAAGGAAUCCUGCCUGAAUGUCUUUACCUAAAAGAGUAUCCAAGCCAUUUCUGUUUGUGAAAGGCCCCUGUAAUCAUUAAAGCACAGCUGUGUGUAGUCUCAGCGCCACGUGAAACAGUGAUGGUAGUUAGAAGACAGACACGGAGUCGAUGACCACGGACUUUGUUCUGCUUGAUGCUUAGGGUAGCUAGAGUUACCCACUCUCGGUUCCCUUUUGGCUAUGUUUGAAGAACUGGCCAUAUCCUCCUGGGCCACAGCAGUAAAGCAAGUUGUCCCCGAGGAAAGAAGGCUUGUCAUUUGUCUUAUGAAGUGUAUUGAACCUGAGUUAAAACUGAAAAGGUUUGGAAAAAAUGGCAUCUGUCCUGUCUGUGGCCGGGCCUGAACUUAGUUCUACCCUCAAGCUGUAAUAGGAACUUGCCUAAUGAUAUUGGACAUAGCACAAAAACCCAACUAGGGUGACUAGGAUUCAAACCCUCUAUGGGGUCUUCGUUUUCCAGUCCAUGUGUGUGUAUCUUGAGUGAUUGAAUAUGUGAAGCUUGCAAUUUGAUGCCCUGGUGCUUUCCCCCCCCCCCCCCUUGGUGCUAGGGAUUAAACACAGGGCCUUACAUGUACCACACAAGGGCUCUGCCAUUGAACUAGAUCCCUAGUCACAAUUUGUGUCUUGUCUCCUAUUUAAGUGAUUAUAAUGUCUGUAUAAUCUCCGAGUUGAUCACACUAAUACUGCUUGGGUCUUACUUGAAGCACUUUUGUGUGCAAGAUAAUGUCCUAAAUGAAGACUUGCCUUCUCCUGUCCCUCAUACUACUUAGCUGGUCACUUGCCUGUGGAGGAGCACCUUUACGUUGAACUGUAGAGCAUCCUCUGAGGACUUCAACAACUUCAGUAGCAUUGGCCCUUUCUGUAAAUCUCCAGGGCUGUGUCCUUGAGCCUGGCCUGUCGUCCUUCUCUUGUCCCUCCACCUCCAGCCCAGGUGGCCAGCAGCUGCUGCUCAUCCCUCAAGGAGUCUGGCUGCACGCUGGUAAUAGACACUGGUCUCAAAACUCUUGAGUGUCCUGUUCCUUUCUUUAAAGGUACCUUAUCUUGCUGGGUGUGGUAGCACACACUGGUAAUAGAGCUCUUGGGAGGCUGGGGCAGGAAGAUCUGGAGUUCAGACUCAGCCUGGGCUCUUCAGAGAGUUCCAAAUUACACAGCAAGACCCUGUCCCUGAACAACAAAGGAGGCCGUGGGGACAGGUUCCUUAGAUGUCAAUGUUCCAUAUUUCCUUCCUCAGCUUAGUGAAGUUUCCCUAGAUUCCAUUAAAAAAAAUGGGAAGAGGUUAUCCCCAGGCCGUGCCCUGGCUCUUAAGGCUGAGGGAGACUAGAGGUUGUAUCUUUUGUUUGCUCUGUGCCUGAUCAUUGACUGUGAUCUGCCUCUUGGCUAUUUUGAUGGGCCUUUUCAGUGAUUUUGUUGUUGUUGUUUGGUUGCUUGUUUUUUUGGUUUUUUGUUGUUUUUUUUUUUUUGCCACAUCACACUCUUUACCCCAUACCGUUCCUUUAGGUGUGGAAAGUGUUUAUGUCCCACUUAUUCUGGUGGAAAAUCUGUUGUUUAUGAAAUGAGUCUGCAGGCUUAUGUACUGUCUAUGGUAAAAGUGAGAACCCUCUUAGACCUGUGUUGAUGUCUCCAGCCCGGUCGCUGUAGUUUUCUGUUUCACUAAAAUAAAGCAUGCUCCUAAGGAGCACAGACAGUUGUUUACUGCUGAGGGAGGCCCAGGGCUCUGGCUCCUGCCUACCUGCUUCCCCUGUCCCCUGCCACUGCCCAAACUGACUCCCUGCUACUGCACUGUGUGACCCACUGGCUCUGCCAUUCCUCAGUCAGUUCCUGUUUCCUCCUGAUGCACAGGCUGCUCUCCCAGUGCUUUCUUUCCCUAAGCCUGCAUGGCUGCUACCUCACUUGUGGUUAUUUAAGCUUAUCGAGAUUUUUAGAGUGACUAGAAAUGUCCCCUGUUCCUGAAGCCCCAUUUACCUCUUCUCUUGGAAGGCAACUUACCUCUCCCUGCAGCUUCUGCCCUCCACAAUCUAGCUAACUGUCCUAGUCACAGAACUUGAAGAAGAAACCCUUAGCAAGAGCUUUGGCUGUCUUAGAAGUGAGUUAGCUUAAGUCCAUUUUUGUGCCUCUAACACAAAGAAGUAGAUUGAGCUGAGUCUCUGGAAGCUUUCUGUUUUAUAUCGACAGCUCUAUCUAUUUUUAAAGCAAUGUCACUUUGUUUUGUUUACACAUGUAUUAAAUAUUUGUCAAGAUUACUAUUUUGUUACUCUGUGAAGUUGGUUGCUUGUUUUACCAAAUAAAGUUAUUUUAAUGUCACCAAAGUUAUUUAUAAGAACUAGCAUUUAGAGGAAUAAAGCAUUUUG